UGAAGAUGAUGCAGUUUCAAUUAUGUUGCAUGUUUUUCUUUAUGUCAAUUGUCGCAUGUAGUCCUGUGCAGCAAAUUGAACAUCUUAACGCUACAUUUCCUUGUGGAAAAUUAAGUGAUGAGCAGAAAUGUAAAAUCCCGUUUGAAUACUGUGAUGUCAUCCUGGAAUCCUGUCAAUCUUGUAACGAAGACAUCUGCAGAGAAGAAUCUCAACAGAGCUGCAAUAUAUAUUGUUCUGAUUUCCAAACAAAAAUCAAUGAACCACAUGUGCAAACAGAAUCUCACAUAUCUUUAUAUAAAACACCCUUCUACGGCCUAUCUCCAUGAUUGCACAACCAACAGACGAUAAUAACCCCUGAGUCUGGUG